ACACAAAGGACUCUCAAUCCGUCCACUCUUCUUCUUCCUCUUCCUCUUCUUCAUUUCUUUCCUCUCCUCGUCAAUGGAGUCUUCAGGUUCGACCCCGAUUCCAUUCAAAUCGAAGAAGACCUUCACCCCGGUCUCGAAGACUAAAGCCGCCGGUGAGGCCACAUUGAGCUCCAAGACCCCAGAAAAUAAGCCCCCGCCUCCGAUAAUCACCAAUCGGAUCAGGAACAGAGGCGUGGCACUCUCAGUUUCGGAGGUGAGGAGAAAAGCCGAGAGCCUGCGGCAGUCGAAGAGGGACAAGACAAGCUGCGAAAACAAGUCUGCCCGGAAGCAGAUCUUGUCCUGGGAGAGCCCCGUUAAGAAGCCGAAGGGAUCUGAUAAUAAAUUGCCCGAAAAGUAUGAGAUGUUGAAUCGGUUCUUCUGUAACUUGGACGAUUCGGUCAAGUUGUUGCGGUUGAGAGCUUCAGCCCCGACCUUCGCUGUCUUAUCCAAGCAGAUUGAGUGUUUGUCCGACAGGAGGUUUACUUACCGGCACCUGUCUCAAUUGAAGUACAUCUUACCCGAGGUGAUCGAGAUAAAGAAGGAUCUCGUGUUUGACGAACAAACAAGUUGUAUGAAGCCAGAUCUUCGUAUUACUUUCAAUGCUGAAGCAGUUGAAAAGGAUGGGAAGUCGGGAUCGGAGACUGGCCGUGUGGGCCUCCGGAAGCUCUUCUAUACUCGAUUGUCGGAUUUUAUUAAAACGCAUCCCAAGGGAGAGGAGAUUCCGGAGGAACCACUGCCGCCACCAUUCAAUCAUACUGACAUGCGCAAUAGACAUUCGGAGGAGACCCCUUCCAUCUCCUCUUCAUUGCCUCCCAGGAUACCAAGUGAAGACCACUCACAGUUCCAAGCUGCCCGAGCAUCUCAUCUUGUCCAGAGACACUUUUCACGAAAGAAGACUGCAGAUACAUCUGCUAAGGCAUCCCUCGAAGAAAGCAUGGAGAAAUCUAAUUCAUCAGAUGCUAGAAUCCCAAUUCACGAGAAAACCUUGAGUUGCCCCACAGCCACGCCAAUCAAACAGGCUAGCUCCCUUAAAAAUGAAGACAACACUCCAGUUAGAACUCCUCAUGUAGAGUCGACUCCUCCAAAACUUGCUUUGACUCCGGUCAGCAUAAUGGCUUCAACUCCUGCACUUAACCCACCCCCAAAGAGAUCUUGCUUGAGUCCUGAAGAUGGGCCCACCAGCACACCUCCUAGCAAGUUGCUUAGGCGGCUUCCCCGUAACAGGUCGCUUAAAUUCGACAGUCCAAUGAAGAGCGGGAGGGUACAAGAGGAGAUGAGCUUAGCAGAUGAUGAUGUUACAAGCAGCGAUGAAGUUCUAGAUAUACUUUCAGAUGAUCUUGUUCAAUCGAUCAGAGAGAAGGAAAGAAAAGCUCUGGAGGAGAGAGAUCCUGCGAUUUCACGGGCCAAGAGGAGGCGGGAGAUAAUUGCAAGCCUUCCGAAGCUUUUCAACACGGUCCUCUUCUUAUUCCAGUCAUCCAAGCGGUGUGUGAUCACUAGGGAGGAGAUCAUUUACCAGAUCAUUGCAAGUCGUCUAGACAUGGUCGAUAGAAAGGAAGUAGAGGAAGAACUUGAGAUGCUGAAGGAGUUAGCACCAGAAUGGAUUUCAGAGAAGGUGGCAUCUUCAGGAGACAUGCUUUUCCGCGUCAACAAGGCCGUGAGUCCUAGUACGAUACGAGCACAACUUAUGGAAGCCAAGUAAGAUAUGACGAGCAUGCAGAAUAAUUAUGUGUAUAUCCAACGAUGAGUUAUGCGGAAGAAGGAUCAAGGAAUUAAAAUCUAUUAUGCAGCAAUCUGAUCAUAGAUAUGGCCUUUUUGUAAAUUAUGCUUUCCGUUCUUUCAGAUCGAAUUCGGUCUCUUUUGCAACAUUUUGUUUGAUUUCUACGUAGCAAACUGGAAUCUGUACAGUUGAGUUAUCUUUGACUAAAUACUUCUAACUUCCGUUCUCGCUACA